AUGGCUGGCGGCGUGGGCGUGAAUCCUUUCUUAGCCGUGGCAGCACAGGGCGCCAUCCAGCUGCCCGCCUACUGCGUGGUCCACUUCACUGCUGCGCGCUUUGGCCGCCGCUGGUCCGCCGUGGGCAGCGCCCUGCUCGCUGGCAUCACCUCUGCUGUCGCCUCCUGCAUGUUGGCCGCUAACUUCAGCGGACUGGCCAUUACGGUGAUGAUGGUGAUAACGCAGUUCUUCACGACGGGCACAAACGGCAUGGCCAACCUGCAGAGCGUGGAGGUUCACCCCACGUGCCUGAGGCAGAUCGCGGCCUGCGUUGAGUGGACCGGAGCUGGCGUUGUUAUGUCUGCCCUGCCAUACGUAGCCCUCAUGAGCGACAGACAGAUGCCCUGUGCCAUCCUCGCUGCUCUUAACUUGGGUACAGCAUUUGCCGUAUCGUUUCUUCCGGAAUCUGCUCUGCAGAGGUUACCGGAGACAUUACAGGAUGCAGCUGUCUUUGGCAAAGACCAGAAGUAUUGGAGCUGGAAGCCCAAACCACCUCCAGGUUAUGUCACGAGGAAGAGCAAGUUCGAGAGUUCAUUUUAAUGCUAUUGUCCGGCAUAUAUACUUAUGCAGAAAUAUGAAUAGAGCUAAGGAGUGUGAUCACUGACAUAUAUGGAAACUAUGCCAAUACUAUGGAAAUUUACUCAGGGAGAAAUUGAUUCUCAAGCUGAAAUGCGGAAAUAGAAUGACAUGCCACUUGAGUUAUUCUAGCGUUUAAUGAACCGUAGAACAUCGUACGAAAUCCAGAUAAGAGAGGUGC